AUGGGCACAUUCUUACGCGAAAUUCCACAACUCCUCCAACUGUUGGGUAUGUGGGGCUAUGCCCCUGUCAGUAAUGGACAGACUCCCUGGUGGGUAUCGCCACUCCGUUAUGGGGACUUUAUACCACUGUGCUCCUUUUUAGAACAACAGAAAGGAACUUCCCUCUCUCUCACCAACCUUAACCUUUCUUUGCUCUCCUGGUGUAAGAAGCAGCCAUCAAUGGGCCAGGGACAUAGGGUUACAUUUAACAUGAAUACCAGCCUUACGGAGAUAACAAAGGCUUAUACCUCAUACAUGAAAAUUAAAGAGGAAAAGGGCUCCCUUACAAAAGGGGGACAGGCCUCCCGGUGUCCUUGA